AUGGAAGAAGAUGGAACACAUACCGAUAAAAAGAUAAUUGAAAAUUUCAGCCCAGGGAUUCGAGUGCCUAAAUUAAUGCACCCACAAUUGCAAAAAGUAUUGGAAGAAAUAAAAACCCCAAGCCCCUGCUUUCUUCCAAGGGAUAAUUUUCAACCUAUAUCUGGGAAAAUUGUAUAUGCUAUCAGAAAUCCUAUAAAUAUAGUGACUCAAGAUAAACCAGUCACAAAACCUCCUAUAAAUCUAAACCUUGUGUCAAGCGUUCUUCUGAGGAGAAGAAAUAUAGCAGAAAACGUUAAUAGAUAA